ACAAACGCCUCGCAAAUUAGGGGUCAUCGGGAGUCAGUAUCAUUAUCUCAUCCGAUCAGGCAGCCUCAUUGUCGAGCGACCGGGACGACUACUUAAUGCCAUGAUGCUCUCGUCUCAGCGCCCUAGGGCCUCAGGGGCUCUUUCUCUCGUUCCCAAGCAUCCAUCGUUCAUCGCCAUCGCCUGCUACACUCGGCCAAAGUUUGCCUCCUCCUCCUUGUCCUCCUCCUCCUCCUCAUGCCUGCCUCCCUCCUUCGUUUUCUCGCUCUGGCCGGGACGGCCGUGGGCCUGACGACCAACCACAAUCACAGUCCGUCAUGCCGGGUCCUCCCCGGGGAUGCUGCUUGGCCCAGCUCAAGGGACUGGGCCAAGCUGAACAAGACACUCAACGGCCAUCUGAUCGCCACGGUUCCGCAGGCCUCCGUGUGCCACAAAUCUCCGUUCGGACAGUAUGAUGCCCAAGCUUGUGAAGAGCUCAAGAGCAGCUGGGAUAUUUCGACAAUCACUCACGUCAAUGCCCCGGGUGACGUUCUCAGCCAGAACUUCCAGAACUAUUCUUGCGUGCCGUUCACGGACCCGUCUCAGCCGUGUCAACUGGGCAACUACCCCAGCUAUGUUGUCAAUGUCACCGGCGCAGCCGACGUGCAGGCCGCCUUGAAGUUCGCACAGAAGCAUAAUGUGCGGAUCGUCAUCAAGAACACGGGUCACGACUACCUCGGCAAGUCCACCGGCAAGGGCGCCCUCUCCCUCUGGAUGCAUAACCUCAAGAGCACCAAGUUCAUCAAGAAUUACAAGGCGCCCUACUACAAGGGCCCCGCCGCCAAGCUGGGCGCCGGCGUCGAGGGGUUCGAGGCGUACGCGAUGGCCAACUCGACGGGCCACCGGAUCGUGGGCGGCACGUGCCCGACGGUGGGCAUCGUCGGCGGCUACACCCAGGGCGGAGGGCACUCGAUCCUCUCGAGCUCGUACGGGGUCGCGGCCGACAACGUGCUUGAGUGGGAGGUGGUGACGGCGGACGGGAGGCACCUGGUGGCGACGCCGACGCGGAACUCGGACCUGUACUGGGCGCUGAGCGGCGGCGGCGGCGGCACCUUCGCCGUCGUGCUCUCCAUGACGGCGCGGCUGCACAGGGACGGCAUCGUGGGCGGCACGCUGCUCGGCUUCAACGACAGCGCCGUCGGCAACGAGGUCUACUGGGAGGCGGUGGCGGCCUUCCACGCGCUGCUGCCCGACUUCCUGGACGGCGGCAACUCGUUCACCUACUCGGUGGGCAACAACUCGCUGACCGCGUACGGCACCAUGCCGGGGGCCGACCGGGACGCGGUCGACCGGCUGCUCAGGCCGUUCCUGGACGACCUGGCGUCGCGGGGGAUCACGCCGGUGGUGCAGCCGCGGGUGUCGACCAACUACUACGACCACUUCUUCACCUACCUGGGGCCGGCCCCCUACGGCAACGCCGCCUACUUCCCCUUCACCAACAGCCGGAUCAUCCCGCGCUCGCUCGUGACGGACCCGAAGAGCAACGCGGUGGUGACGGACCUGUUCCGCAACAUCUCGCAGGUGCCCGCCUUCUCGCCCUUCUACUGCGACAGCUUCAGCGUGGCCGACAAGCCGCACCCGGCCAACUCGCUGCACCCGGCCUGGCGCACGGGCAUGCUGCUGUGCGCGCCCGCGGGGUCGUGGGACUGGGACGCGAGCCCGGAGGAGAUGGCGGCCCGGGACCGCUACGCGGCCGAGACGCUGCAGCCCAUGAUGGACGCGGCCACGCCCGGCGGCAGCGUCUACCUCAACGAGGCCAACCACCUGUACGCCAACUGGAAGGAGAGCUUCUACGGCGACAACUACGCCCGCCUGCUGCGGGUCAAGAAAAAGUACGACCCCGACUCGGUCUUCUACGUCAAGACGGGCGUCGGCAGCGAGGUUUGGGAUGUGGACGCCACCGGCAGGCUCUGUCGCGCCUGAGAGCCUUGUUUCUUUCUGGAAAAAUAACCCCCUGUAUGUACGUCGGAUCAUAUACAUUAUGUAAAUUAGAAAGACAGGUUUAGACAUUGGGGGAAAAAGGGAGGGGGUGGUAUUAGUGUAUUUUCCACAUAGAUUUUUUAGUAGAGGCUCGGGCUAUUUAAUUAGAUUUCCUUUUUCAAACACACACAUACAUACCUCUAUACAUACAUACACACCAGGCGUGCGUCGC